AUACAAAUAUAAUUAUCUAAUAAGUAUUGUACACACUUCAACGGGUUAUUAAUGAUUGCUUGCACACACACACUGAAUCAAUCUUUUUUAUGUUGUAGGCUAUUGCUUCACCUAUGAAUCGCCCUAUCCAAACACCAGAACUAAAGAACCCAGCCUGUGGACUUUUGCCUGAAACCGGAGAAUGUAGGGCCCUUGCAAGACGUUACGCUUUCAACAAAACGCUGAAUGCUUGCGAGGAAUUUAACUACGGUGGAUGUGACGGCAAUGCCAAUAACUUCCAGUACAAGGAUCUUUGUGAAUAUGUCUGCCAGUACAAUAGACCUUGUUCAAAGAUAGGAUGCUUUGAAAAGGCGUGUACAACACAGACGUGUCCAAAUCAUCCUGACGCCAAGUGUUUCGCCGUGUGUCUUUGUGAAUCUCGCUGGAUUCUGGACGGUGCAGAUGUAACCUCCACGUGUGAAGAUGAUGUUGAGAUGAUUCCUGAAAGACGUCAAGCUAAACAAUAAAAGAUAUGCACAUCUC